CUUCUCUUUCUCUCUCUCUCUCUCUUCUUCAUCUUCUUAUCCUUCUCCCUCCUCUCUCUUAUAUAUCUACGAUCUCUCUGAACUCUAUCUGUUCCCUCCUGUGUCACACACGAGUGUACCUUCUUCUUCACCAAAACCUUCAACUAGGAAUCGAUCAAGAGAGUUGUUAGUGUAAGAGGCACCACCCUGAGAGAGACAUACAUAGAUACGUACGUAUGUACGUACGUACAUACUCUUUUACACUUUGUUGUGAUCGUUAUUACGAGACGGCACAAGAGAGCGGUUACAGUGGGGAUCAUUGUUGCUGCUGCUCAGGCCUUUUCUGUGGGUUCCCCCUUUUGAUAUUCGCUUUAUAGAGAAACAACGAGACAUGGCUGGCAGUAAUGAAGUCAACCUCAAUGAAUCAAGGAGUGUUGUUCCACUUAACACGUGGGUGCUUAUCUCCAAUUUCAAGUUAGCUUACAAUCUUCUUAGACGAGCUGAUGGAACAUUUAAUCGGGAGUUAGCAGAGUUUCUUGAUCGAAAAGUCCCUGCCAAUGCAAAUCCCGUUGAUGGGGUUUUCUCCUUUGAUCAUGUUGAUAGAAACAAUGGACUCUUCAAUCGUGUGUACUUACCAGCUUCUGAAAGCGAGGCUCAAUGGGGUAUCAAAGAUCUUGAAAGGCCAUUGAGUACCACAGAGAUUGUUCCUGUUAUAAUAUUCUUUCACGGGGGAAGUUUUUCGCAUUCUUCAGCAAAUAGUGCUAUCUAUGACACCUUCUGUCGCCGCCUUGUGAGUAUUUGUAAGGCUGUUGUCGUUUCAGUGAAUUACCGGCGAUCGCCGGAACAUCGGUGUCCUUGUGCCUAUGAUGAUGGUUGGGCUACAUUGAAGUGGGUUAAGUCAAGAACAUGGCUUCAAAGUGGAAGAGAAUCGAAGGUUCAUGUGUACAUGGUAGGGGACAGUUCUGGUGGGAACAUUGUUCAUCAUGUGGCUGUGAGGGCUGCUGAGGAAGAAGUUGAGGUAAUGGGAAAUAUUCUUCUUCACCCAUUGUUUGGUGGGGAGAAGAGAACCGAGUCAGAGAUGAGAUUGGAUGGGAAGUACUUUGUGAGGCUUCAAGAUCGUGAUUGGUAUUGGAGGGCUUUUCUACCUAAAGGAGAGGACAGAGACCAUCCUGCUUGUAACCCUUUUGGCCCUAGAGGGAAAAGCCUUGCAGGAGUCAAAUUUCCUAAAACUCUUGUUUGUGUUGCUGGUUUGGAUCUUCUCCAAGAUUGGCAAUUGGCAUAUGUGAAAGCACGUUCGAUAAAUAUGAUUCGUCUGAUAAAGUUGAUGACAAAUGUGAAGGCGGAAAAGAGAGUUUUGUGUAUGCAUAAUAGUGUGACUUAGGAAGAAUGAAACGUGUGAUUGAACUCGCGGGGGAGGGAGCGAGGACUUGUUCUUAAUCCACAUAUACCAAAAUAGGGCCAAGCCUAACCACCAUACACCAAAAGGACAAGAAAAGUUUUCACGCGAAGAAUGAUUGGCAGGAGUUUGAAUCAUAAUAUUUCUCUCUCUUUCAACAUCAAUCUGAUUAAUUAUUGUCAUCACCUUAUUGCCUGUUGUAUCAUGUCUAUUUGGAGCUUGGGAAAACAGCAAAUUCGGGAAUUUGGCAUUGUUUUGAGUCUUUUGACAGGGAGAACCCAUUUUCUAGUGGUUGGGAUUUUUGGAUGUAUUCAUAGGGACCACUUUUGGGAACCCACGAAACCAAAUAGUCCAAUUAAAAAAUUAAACCUGUUGGGUUUGCUUUAAAGUGUUUAAU